AGCCACACCAUCGGCGCUUUGCAGAAACGAUUUCUAAGUUGAUAGGGUCCAGCGAGUCGAAUGAUCUCUUUAAACAGUGAAAUUUAAUUCUAAGUGGUUGUUUCUUGUCAAUUUGGCGUUUUAAUGUGUGUCAGUGCAUGUUAGUUUGAAGGAUUUUGAAAUUUGGAUAUAGAUGUAGGCAAUAAUUGGUCGGAUUCAGCGCUAAAUUUGAAGAACGAGACAGAGAGACUAUUUAAAAAUUCACUCAUAAAUCAGCAUAAAAUUACUGUUGCCGCUAAAAGACGUUAAGUUUAUUAGUUGUAUAUAUAAAAAAAGAUAUAAAUCUUUUGAUCUCGGUUAGUCUUGUGGAAGUAGCUGGUCGGUGAGGCAGAGUUGAUUGAUUUUCUGUGAUGGAUUAUUAGUUUUUUAAAAUUGUUUAAUUUAUUUAGUGUGUUUGAAGAAGUUUUAUUAUAAAAAUAGUGUGAAUCAUGAUUAAUAUAAUAACAAGGUUUUCGAAGUGGUUUGGCUCGAAAGCUGUUAAAGAAGAGAAGAAGGAUGGCGAGCCCUUUUUUAUGUACCUUAGUGUUGUUUUGGCUUACUUGACGGCCUUCUCCAGCGGGCUAUCGGUCUCGUGGACGUCGCCGGUAAUUCCCAAGUUCAAGACGGAAGAGAACCCGUUCAAUCACACCGUGUCCACCGCCCAGAUAGCGAUGCUGGCCUCGUUUUUGCCGCUGGGUGCCAUUACGGGACCGAUACUGGCAGGUUACAUGGCUGAUAGAUUCGGAAGGAAAAUCACAAUGAUGUGCCUCGCUGUACCCUCAAUAUGCGGUUUUUGUAUUUUAGCCUUUGCUAAAGUAAUCGAAGUUUGGUACUUUGCAAGGUUUCUGCUAGGGAUUGGAGUAGGAUGUUAUUUCGCUAUAUGCCCUAUGUACGUGGCGGAAAUAUCUCAGAAUCACAACAGAGCCAAGUUUGGAUGCCUGUUUGGCGUUUUUAUAACGCUGGGCUUGUUUUAUCCAUUUUCGAUAGGGCCGCAUCUUAUAAUACCGUUUUAUGCGAUGAGCUGUAACGUGCCUUUGAUUCUAUUCUUAAUAUUUUUCGGAAUAUUUAUGCCAGAAACGCCGAUAUUUCUGCUGGCCAAAGGCAGAACGCAGGAAGCCGAGGCGGCUUUGGUUAAAUUAAGGAAAAAGAAAGCCGUGGAGGUGCAAGAUGAAAUUAAUGAAAUUAUGGUUGCAGUAGAGAAGGACGGACAAAACGGAGGUGGAUUUAAGGAGUUUUUACGAUCACAGCCGGCAAAAAGGGCUACAAUUAUAUGCAUAGGAUUAGUUCUGUUACAAGAAUUGUCAGGAAUCCAUCCAAUGAUGGCAUACUUGAAACCAAUCUUCCAAGCCAGUGGCACAACCAUAUCACCAGACCUCUCAACUGUGAUAUUUGGUCUAUCACAAAUCAGUUCCAACUUUAUAACAGCCCUAGUAGUAGAAAAAAUAGGAAGGAGAAUCCUUUACAUGGUCUCAGCUGUAGGAUGUGGAAUAGCUUGUGCUCUUUUAGGAACAUAUUUCUUCCUGCAAACCAAGGAAGUGUCACUUGAUUCUGUUUUCUGGUUACCUUUAACAUGCAUGGUUGCCUACAUGAUCUUUUUCAGUAUGGGAUUGGGACCUCUGGCCUGGUCAAUUGUCGGAGAGAUAUUUCCUUCUAACGUCAAAGGAAUUGGAUCUGGUCUGACAGUAUGUGUAUCCUUUACUGCUUCAUUUUUGGUACUGUUCAUGUUCCCGAUAGUGACGGAAGCAGCAAGUAUGGCAGCGCCAUUUUGGAUGUACACGGUUGUUACGGUAUUAGGCUUGAUAUUCGUGUAUUAUAUGGUACCUGAAACUAGAGGGAUGACUUUAGCAGAAAUACAAGACAAAUUGAAGAGUUAUGCUAAGAAAGAUAAGAAAAAAGAGACUGUUAAUGAUAUGGCUAAUAAUUUAGAAAAUGUCACUCAUUUUUGAGUGGAGGAUUAGGUUAAUUUAUUUCAGACUGGAUGAAUUGUGUGCUGUUAAAUGAUAUAAAAUUAGCAAUAAAAUUGCUAACAGACAGUACAACAUUGCUCAUGUUUAAAGUAAAAUAUUCAGAGCAAGGAAAAUCAUCAUUUUUCAUGAUGGUUAUAAAUAAAAAUAAUUUAAAAAAUGUACCAAAAUAAACUUCUAUAAAAGGAAUUGAAGAAAGUCUUGUAUGCAAAAGAAAGCAUAUAGAAAUUAAAAAGAUAAAUUCCCAACAUUUUUAGAUAGCCAGGACUAGAGCAAAAAAA